GCCCGGAGAAGUUGUGUCCUAGGCUCGACGACGAUGACCAGUAGACUACCCAAGCUCAUCGCGUUCGACUUAGACUAUACUCUUUGGGAUCUGUGGAUAGAUACCCAUGUUACCCCACCAUUGAAACGCGAUGGAAAAGCUCUCAAUCUUGUUCGUGAUAGAUAUGGCGAAAAGAUAGCAUUCUAUCGUGAUGUCGCGGAAAUAUUGCAUCGUCUACAGUCGGCCGGAGUUGUUAUAGCAGCUUGUUCUCGUACAGCUGCUCCUGCGUUAGCUCGUCAGGCGCUAGAUUUGCUCCUUGUACCUCCUCCACCACUGCACAAGGAUAUAAAACCAAGAGAAGCUAUCAAGUUCUUUGAUCAACUGGAAAUCUAUCCAGGUUCCAAGAUCACUCAUUUCAAGAAGUUGCAUCAGAAAACCGGUAUCCCCUAUUCUGAGAUGCUUUUCUUUGAUGAUGAACAUAGGAACAAAGAAGUCGAGUCACUCGGUGUGACUUUCUGUCUUGUGAGCCGUGAACUGGACGACAGGACAUUCGAACAUGGACUGAACGAAUGGCGGCAUCGACACCCAGUCGAAGUCAUAGAAGAUGCAGACGCCAGUCAUGUAAUCAUAGAUACCUCAGAAGAAGCGGCUUGAGUCAGUAUACCACACGAACUCGAAAUCGUUCUAGCUGUGCCUUGCUUAAGUCAUGGCUCUUGACUCCGAGCUAGAGUCGUUCUCCGUAGGAUCCCUGGAUUGCAGCAGGGAUGCCGCAGUUGUCAUCGGUUCUCUACCCAGCCCUUACUGCGGAUAAUACGAUAUGAUCCUAUUAUCUGACGCAUAUGCUGUUACGGAGCAUCACAUAUGUCCUCCGUCGGAUUCGCUCUUUGGUGAUCAUACUUCGACUUCUUUCCUUGCGGGCAUAGUUCAAGACUGAGGACCCAUCAGUGCAAUUGAAUACCAAAGCAUUGAUACUUGGACGCAUAGGCACCGCAAUCCCUAUCCACCAAUGCCUUGAACACCGGAUCUGUGCUUUGACCCUAGCCCACUAUCAAUCGCCUUCUACUGACUCGAUUUGCAGACGCAGCCAUGCACAUGUUUUCGUCUCAACAGAGCAACAGGAUCAAAGACCUCGUGUAUUGGUAUUAGGUUCACGUCUCUCGAUCUCGUAAAUGGUUUUAAAAUCAAUGCAAUUCAUCGGGGAUAGGUUUCGAUUCCAGCAGAAUUUCGAUCCCUAGAAAUGACGUGCAACGAGGUUUCCUCGAGGACGAACUUUCGCUGGCAAGGUAAGC